GUGUCUGGCGGCGCGGCGUGGCACUUGUUGGUGAACGCUCGGUCGUGGCGGCGAGUGUGGUGAAGAUGAGUCUGGUCGGUGGGUACUCCAUGCCGCAGAGUUACGGGCACACGGCCAUGGGAGGGGCCACGCCCUCCCCGGAGGCGCUUUAUUCCCCUUACUACUCCCAUCCUAGCCCGCCCGCGCAGGCCCUCUAUCCGGGCUGGGGCUACUCAGCCUCGGGCUACUCCUCGGGCUUCCCUCCUGAGGUGGCGGUGGCCUGCCCAGAGUACGGGGUGUCCGCGGGCUUCGUGAUGGGCCCCGGCUCCCCGCAUGAUCUGGGCGGCGACUACACCAUCGAGAUGGUGGACGGGUGCGGCCGAGUGGUGAAGCGGCGGUCGUCGGCCAACAAGAAGGAGCGGCGGCGCACGCAGAGCAUCAACAACGCCUUCGCGGAGCUGCGGGAGUGCAUCCCCAACGUGCCCGCCGACACCAAGCUGUCCAAGAUCAAGACGCUGCGCCUCGCCACCUCCUACAUCGCCUACCUCAUGGAGGUGCUGCACGGUGACGACGGUGCCGCGCCCGCGCCGCCGCCCCCGGGACCCUUCCCGCCGGCCAACCCUCAUCAGGCUGCUUCCGCCGCCGCUGCUGCCGCCGCCGCGCCCCACCAGGCGCCAUCCACCACCGUCGUCUCCUCCUCAACACAGUCGCCCGAAAACGAUAAGAUCACGCCCCCGCCCGCAGCCACCAGCCCUGAGCCAAAGAGAGGGCGGACGGGCUGGCCUCAGGAGGUGUGGGCGCAGGAGCUGAAGAAGUAAACACACCCAUACCCACAUAAAGCAACCCUCCCUUCAUCCACACGCCCACGACAACCCAUCCCCCACACGCCCAUCCGCAUGUGUGUGUGUGUGUGUGUGUGUGUGUGUGUGUGUGUGUGUGUGUGUGUGUGUGUGUGAUUUUGGGACCAAUGACGAGAGAGAGAGAGAGAGAGAGAGAGAGAGAGAGAGAGAGAGAGAGAGAGAGAGAGAGAGAGAGAGAGAGAGAGAGAGAGAGAGAGAGAGAAUAUCACCUUCCACUUAUCUCAAAUCACGUCAUCUCUCUCCUGCAAGUCACUUCACCUCAAAACACUGAUCAUUUUAACUCAUCUUCAGUCAUAUCAACUCACCUCAACUCACAAAAACACACUUCAACUCACUAGAAUUCACUACAACUCAUCACAAAUCAUUACAACUCACUUCAAAACACUUCAACUCACCUCAGCUCACUUCAACUCAUCUCAAUUCACUUCAAGACACGCCAAGUCUCACGAGGAGCUUCAGAUUUUCACCUCAGAUAAGAAGUGAGGAUUCCUACACGAGGCAGCAGCACCGCUCACCUCAGCACUCAGCAGCAGGACGUGAGGGAAGGCAAGGCAGCACUCACUCAGCACUAACUCAGCAUUCAGCACCUCACACCCAGCACAUCCAGGGCGAGAACAUACAUUAAACAGCACUCAUGAUCUCUAAGGGAAGAAUCAGCCGUCAGCACUUGAAUCAGCAUUUGGAACUUCAGCAAUGACUCAAAAAUAAAUAAACAAAUAAAUAAUCAUAAUAAACUCAGCAUUCUAUCUAUGAAAAAUGGAUCAGCAGCCCUCGGUACUCAAAACUUCAAGAAACUCAGGAAAUUAGGCCCAAAUAAAACCACACCAUCUGACUCAGCACUCAUAAAUAAAUAAAUAAAUAAAUAAAUAAGAGAAAUGAUAAAAAAAAAAUGA